AUGGCUUCCACUCAAAUGCCUCCAGACAACAACUCCAUAGGUGAAACACUCGCCGGAAUACUCGCUACGCUCAAAAGCAUGAGGUCCGACCACACUCAGCUCGCCGCCAAUGUUGAAGCGCUUCAAAGCCGUCUCGAUGUCGCGAACUCGGUCAAUCAGUUGCGGCGUGGAGGUUCAAGCUCUGGAGUCAGGGAUUCACCCAGCCUUGAUGCCACGCAGUUGGCCAAAUCUGAAAACGGGAUGGAAUCUCCGGCACACGAGUCAGCUCUACUGGCCAAAGCUUCUUCAUCUCCAACUGCCAGAAAGUCUUCAACCACUUCCCGGAUCAUCCUGACAACUUACCCCGGUCAAUCUGGCAUUGAUCCCAUACCGCUGGAAUGGGGGCUUGAGGAUUAUAAGCAACGUGGUCCGAUCGUCGUCAGCCGUCACCAUAAUACGAUUCGAAGACGAAAUGCAAUCGGGGCUCAUGGAGGCUCGUAUUCCAUAUAUCACGCCUUGGCCGUUGCCAGCAACAACCUAGACCUUGAACAUAAACCCGACUUCACCAACACCGAACCCGCAGCAGCCAUCGGUCCCUUUCCCGCAUGGCACGGCAAGAAGAAGAUCGUCGCUAUGGAUCCCUUUGGCCAUCUUGCACCGUGGCUAUUCCAAGAGUACAUCAAAGAUCAGGAUAUCGACAUCCGCCCGACAAUCGCAGUGACAAAAGCCCAUAUGAAAAUCCCGGAGCUGGAACAGAGUGUCAAAGCCGGAAGACUGAAGCCCGAUGGCAAGAUCUGUAUCAACGAGAGUGGAGAGCUCAGCGUCACCAAAUUCGCCGUUGAGCCUGUGUGGUAUCUUCCCGGGGUGGCUGAAAGGUUCGGGAUCGAGGAGAGCGCCCUGCGACGAGCUCUCUUCGAACACACCGGAGGCUCCUACCCCGAGCUCAUCACCAGAAAUGAUAUCAAAGUCUUCAUGCCACCCAUCGGUGGGUUGACCGUCUACUGCUUUGGCGACCCCGCCAAGAUGUCUGACGAAAAGGUCCGACUUGCCCUUCGAGUGCACGAUGAAUGCAACGGCAGCGACGUCUUCGGCUCCGACAUCUGCACGUGCCGACCGUAUUUGAUCUUCGGCAUCGAGGAAGCCGUCAAAGAGGCACAGAAGGGCGGAUCCGGCGUGGUCAUUUAUUUCCGCAAGGAAGGCCGUGCGCUGGGCGAAGUCACGAAAUACUUGGUGUACAACGCGCGCAAACGCGGUGCCGAUCGCGCCAGCGAGUACUUCCAACGCACCGAGAACAUCGCGGGCGUCAAGGACAUGCGGUUCCAGGCUCUCAUGCCGGAUAUCCUGCACUGGCUGGGCAUCAAGAAGAUCGACCGCAUGCUGAGCAUGUCGAACAUGAAGCACGACGCCAUUGUCGAACAGGGGAUCCCUAUCUUGGAGAGAGUCCCGAUCCCAGACGAGAUGAUCCCUGAGGACUCGAGGGUCGAGAUUGACGCCAAGAUCCACGCGGGUUAUUUCACGACUGGAAAGGUCAUGUCCAUGGUGGAGUUGAACGCCGUGCAGGGAAGGAGUUGGGAUGAUAUUGAGCAUUAG